AGACGCACGGCUCUAUAGUGUCUUAUGGUAUUUUUGGUGGCGAUUCUUAUCAAAGGGAAGUGCCUACUGUGUGUAAGAAGUUUAGAUCACCAUAAAGAUCCAGAAAACACCAUGACCAAGUCAAUAAUAAUUGAGUUUGACAACCCAUCUGCUGUGUUCUUCUCCGGACAGACUGUGACAGGUCGCAUAAUUGUAUCACUGAGUAAUCCAACAUCCUGUAGGGGUAUUGAAGUGAAGUUCAAAGGAUCAGGAAAAGUUCACUGGAGUGAACAAAAAACAGUUCAGAGAGAUGGCCAGAGUGAGACAGAAACGGUGAAUUAUGAUAGUUCGGAGACGUAUUACUCCAGGGAAUAUCGUGUAUGGGGAGGUGAGAAAAAUGAACUCCCACCAGGAACCCAUCAGUUCAAUUUUCUCUUCCCUUCUCCAAAGGGAAAUUCCAUUCUGAGUCAAGCACUGCCAGUGCGACAUCGCUGCGAAGCCAAAAUGGACAUUCCAUGGGGCAUAGACAAGAAAGCUAAAAGGCCCUACUCAGUGAACACUCUCUUGGAUUUAAACAGAGAUCCCCAGGCUCAAAUGCCGAUUGAGUACAAUGAGCACAAGUACCUUUGCUGUUUCUGGUGUAGGAGUGGCCCUCUGUCCCCAUGGUUGUCCGCUAUUCCCCGCUCAGGCCUACGUCCCGGGCCAGAAGUUUUGCAAGCAGAGUGUUCAACUACCGGACACAAGUCUUUAAGCAAGGCCACACUUAAACAGAAUUUCGUAUAUUUAGUCCACUGCGUUUACUGGAACCAGCCUGCAGCACCUGGUUUAGCUCCCCAGAAUCCAGGUGUGCCUCCUGCCCUUUCCUUUUGGUUACCAGGGAUGCCACCUCAACCCUCAGCACCGGGAAAUUUGUGGCCCCGGGGAUGCCGUCAGCCUUCUGCACCUGGCUUUGUGGCCCCACCAGGAUGCCAUCAACCUAUGGCACCUGGUUUUGUGCCUCCACCAGGUCAGAUGCCUUCACCAGGCUACCCAGGAGGACUGCCAACAGCACCUCAAAUGAACUAUACCUUCCCAGGGAUCCAGCAGUAUCCCAACUUGCCUCCACCUUCAUACAGUGAGUGCAUGUUUGGUCACAGUAAAUUCCAUGGGGAUAGCAGUGAUGAGGAUGAAGGUUUUGCACCUUCUUACAUUUCAUACAACCUUGGUGGGCCCAGUAGUGCAGCUCUUGUAACCGGUGCCUUGGUUGGAAGUAGUGCCAUGAUGAAGAGAGGAAGCCGAAGCAGUAGCUCACGCGGCUCUCAUUCUAGCCAUGGAGAUAAGGAGUGGCUUAUCAAGGAGGGAAACUGAGUUAUCCUCAUCUUUUUCCAAUAGGUAAAAAAUUUUAUUUUCA